UAUGAACAAUCUUGGAUUAGUUAUAAAAUGUCUUUGCUAGCGUCAGCCUUACAAUUGAACCAAUCACCGACGAAGGGGCGUUGACUAAGGCUAUCGAACUUCGGCUUGACUACAGAAGAAGAAGAAAAAGAAGAAAAUAAUGUUGUGUGCACGAACAUCCGACAAAAACCGUUACCGAAAACCAAAACCGUUACCGAAGACCAAAACCGUUACCGAAGACCAAAACCGUCACAAAAUGUCGUCAUAAUAUAUGCCGUACCGAACUGUUUUGGAUGCGAAGCAUGCCGUUAUUAGACGGGAGAGUGACACACACACACAUAUAUAUAUAUUGUUGCCUGAACUGAGGGACCCGAAUUAGCUAUUGUGCUAAACCGAGUCGCUGCUAACUAGCUAGCUUGUUAUCGUGUGUUUUAGUCAGACAUUUAGCUAGCGUUAGCUAAGGUUUACAGAGUACCUACCACCUGAAUACCCUUUCUCAGGUUGCAAGCACGUCCUAGCUAGUUAGCCAUGUUGACUUGUAGCGAACAUUAACUACAUCGAUUUAAGUCAACAGUAACUAGCUAAAAUGCAGUCACACCGGCUACAAGUUAUCUGCUAACGCGUUAGCUAGCUAAGGUUUAUUUCGGUUCGGGCACAGUAGGCAGGGGUCUGUCCUGUUUGCCCUCCGAUUUGGGUUUUGCUUUCAUCUGUCAAACUGAGGAUUCACAAACCCGGUGGCUGUCGGAGGUGUGACGUCAUCGCCCGGUGCUCUUCAUCGAGGAGCCGGGAUCUGAUUGGUUCGUUUGGGUUGCGGCUGGCGGGCUGGCUCCUCCCCCUCCCGGCGGCAGCGUGCGUUCCCAGCUGCCUCCCUGCACCCCACGCUCGCCCGGCCUGCUCGCCCAUGCCCCCGCCACCCCCACCAGGCCCUCCAACGCCAUGUGCCUUCCCCACACCAUGGAAGCAGCAAUGGGGAAGCACGGAGCGAGUCAGGCAGGGUUAGGCCUCGGGGGGCUGGGCCAGGGGGGGCGGCGGUGUGGAGGGGUACCACUAGAGCCCUUCGUACACCAGGUGGGAGGGCACACCAGUAUGAUGCGUUACGACGACCACACGGUGUGUAAACCCCUCAUCAGCCGGGAGCAACGCUUCUACGAGUCGCUGCCUCCGGAGAUGAAGGAGUUCACAGCAGAGUACAAAGGCAUGGUGUUGGUAUGUUUUGAGGGGGAUAUUGACGGAUACAUCAACUUGGUAGCGUACCCGUAUGUGGAGAGCGAGAUCCUGGACCACGAGGACCUACCGGAGAGGGACCAACCCCGGAGGAAACACUCCCGACGGAGCCUCCUCCGCUCCACCUCCGAGAUCAAAGAGGAGAGGCUACCACACGAGAGCGACAGCACUGAGAAUCUCCAGGAGCUGAAGAGUCCUCGUCUAGAGCUCCAGAUCUACAGUGAUAUUCCCUUCCAGAUGCUGGAUAACAACAGCGGCCUGGGCUCAGAGAAGAUCAGCCACAACCCCUGGAGCCUCCGCUGUCACAGGCAGCAGCUCAGCCGCAUGAGAUCAGAGUCCAAGGACAGGAAGCUCUACAAGUUUCUGCUCCUGGAGAACGUGGUUCACCUCUUCAGCUACCCGUGCAUCCUGGACCUGAAGAUGGGCACACGGCAGCAUGGGGACGAUGCCUCGGAGGAGAAGGCAGCCAGGCAGAUGCAGAAGUGCGAGCAGAGCACCUCCGCCACCCUGGGGGUUCGUGUCUGUGGGAUGCAGGUGUACCAGAUGGAUACGGGCCACUAUCUGUGCAGGAACAAGUACUACGGCCGCAGCCUGUCCAUCGAGGGCUUCCGCCACGCCCUCCACCAAUACCUGCACAACGGGGCGUCGCUCAGGAAGGACCUGUUUGAGCCCAUGCUGUGUAAGUUACGCAGCCUGAAGGCCAUUCUGGAGAGACAGACCACCUACCGCUUCUACUCAUCCUCCCUGCUAAUCAUCUAUGAGGGGAAGGAGCCUGAGCUGGCCUACGUCUGGCAGAAAGCACCACAGGAGACCUGGCAGCAGAAAGCAGCAUCACCACCACAGGCCCCGGCAGAGCCCUUAGAGAACCAAAAAACACCAGCACCACAACCAGCAGCUGAGCUGUCCUCAGAGAAGGGGGUGGCAGUCAACCCAGGGCUAGGAAUCCAAGGUGUCCAAGGACCAGGGAUGGGAGUGGGGCUCCAAGGUGGAGUCCACCAAGGUGUCCAAGGACCAGGGUCAGGAUUGGGGCUACAAGGUGUCCAAGGACCGGGGAUAGGAGUGGGGCUCCAAGUUGUCCAAGGGUCAGGAGUGGGGCUCCAAGGACCGGGGAUAGGAGUGGGGCUCCAAGGUGUCCAAGGACCAGGGUCAGGAGUGGGGCUCAAAGGUGUCCAAGGACCAGGGUCAGGAGUGGGGCUCCAAGGUGUCCAAGGACCAGGGAUAGGAGUGGGGCUCCAAGGCGGAGUGCACCAAGGUGUCCAAGGACCGGGGUUAGGAGUGGGGCUCCAAGGUGUCCAAGGACCAGGGAUAGGAGUGGGGCUCCAAGGCGGAGUCCACCAAGGUGUCCAAGGACCGGGCUUAGGAGUGGGGCUCCAAGGUGUCCAAGGACCGGGGUUAGGAGUGGGGCUCCAAGGUGUCCAAGGACCAGGGUCAGGAGUGGGGCUCCAAGGUGUCCAAGGACCAGGGUCAGGAGUGGGGCUCCAAGGCGGAGUCCACAAAGGUGUCCAAGGACCGGGCUUAGGAGUGGGGCUCCAAGGCGGAGUCCACCAAGGGGCCCAUGGACUGACAGAAGCCCCUCUCCAGCUGCCCCAGGCAAUACCACCUCCACCAGACUACCCCCCCACGCCCAUCCCAACCCCUCCACAGCAGCUCCACCAGGAGCCUCUCCAGCCCUCAGACCCCCACACCCCCCCUCCACCACUACCACUCCCCUCCAGCCCGAGCAUCAGUGUGGACGUCCGCAUGAUAGACUUUGCCCACAGCACCUUCAAAGGUUUCCGCGACGACCAGACGGUGCACGACGGGCCGGAUCGGGGCUACGUGUUUGGAUUAGAGAGCCUCAUCAAGAUUCUAGAGGGCCUCCGAGAGGAGAACCUGUAGUAGCCGAACCUGGGACUGACGAAUUGGUCUUGUCUCAAAUGGAUGGUACCCCCUAUUCACUAUGUAGUACACUACUUUUGAACAGGGCCCAUAGGGUGUUAACGUCUUCUUUCUCUUUAAUUAUUAUUAUUUUUUUAAUAAAACCCAGUGUGCGUCCAAAAAAGGGAAGCCUUACUCCUAUAAGGAUCUGGUCAAAAGUAGUGUACUAUGUAGGGAAUAGGGUGCCAUUUGGGAUGUACCGAUGGUGGUUCAGGAGAAGACUAACUGACACAUCUUCAGAUGUCCUCCUCUCCCUCAGUGCUACUACCCGCUACCCUGUCCUCAAUGACUCUGUUUUGGAGCAAGAAAAGCACAUUAUCUGUAAUAAGAAACCUGAUGGAGCAGUGAUCUGUAAUGAGGAUCUGAUGGAGCAAUGAUCUGUAAUAAGACACCUGAUGGAGCAAUGAUCUGUAAUAAGAAGGACCCGGUAGAGCAACGAUCUGUAAUGAGGACCUGAUGGAGCAAUGAUCUGUAAUGAGGACCUGGUGGAGCAGUGAGCCGUAAUAAGGACAUGAUGGAGCAAUGAUCUGUAAUGAGAAGGAUCUGAUGGAGCAAUGAUCUGUAAUAAGGACCUGAUGGAGCAGUUAUCUGUAAUGGGGACAAGAUGGAGCAAUGGUCUGUAAUGAGGAUCUGAUGGAGCAGUGGUCUGUAAUGAGGACCUGAUGGAGCAGUGAUCUGUAAUAAGGAACUGAUGGAGCAAUUAUCUGUAAUAAGAAACCUGAUGGAGCAAUGAUCUGUAAUAAGAAGGACCUGAUGGAGAAAUAAUCUGCAAUUAGGACCUGAUGGAGCAAUGAUCUGUAAUAAGGACCUGAUGGAGCAAUGAUCUGUAGUAAGGACCUGGUGGAGCAAUGAUCUGUAAUGAGGACCUGGUGGGGCAAUGAUCUGUAAUAAGAAGGAUCUGAUGGAGCAAUGAUCUGUAAUAAGGACCUGGUGGAGCAAUGAUCUGUAGUAAGGACCUGGUGGAGAAAUAAUCUGCAAUUAGGACCUGAUGGAGCAGUUAUCUGUAGUAAGAAGGACCUGAUGGAGCAGUGAUCUGUAGUAAGGAGGACCUGAUGGAUUAGUGAUCUGUAGUAAGGAGGACCUGAUGGAGCAGUGAUCUGUAGUAAGAAGGACCUGAUGGAGCCGUGAUGGAAUGGAUGGAAGGCCGGGGUAUGUCUAUGCUACUGACAGUAAAGGUGAAAGGUAGUGACCUUAGACUGUAAAUGUCACUCCUUUCUGACUGUUGUGCUCCUAGAAUUAGAGACACAAACUUAAAAGGGAGCGUCUACAGCCGUGUGUGUAUGCUAUCAAUCCUCCUGGACAGAAAUGGCUGCCAUUCCUCUGAGGGAAACAUAAAAAGGGCCAUGUCUGCCUUGUGGGUUUUGUCGCCACUGAGUGGCCAACUGAAGUAUUGCAUUGAAGAAAAGGCACAAGAUGGAUUUGAAGGUAGUGAAGCCACUGCUCAGGGCAAGUCCAGGUCCUGUUUCGGGCCCAAAUGGCAUCCUAUUCCAAUUUUCUCGUGCACUACUUUUGAUCUGGGCCCACAGGGAAACCCAUAGGGCUCUGGUCAAAAGUAGUGCACUACAAAGUGGAUGGGUGCCAUUUGGGACAUAGCCCCUGUCUCUGCUGUGGGACUGGUACAGAGACUGUUUCUGCUGUGGGACUGGUACAGAGACUGUCUCUGCUGUGGGACUGGUACAGAGACUGAAGUGUGUAUACGUCAAUAUGUGUUAAGGGACAGUGGGGGGGGGGGGGGGUCUUGGGGAAGGGAAGUCUCCAUACAUCUGUAGUCCCUAGUCUCCAUACAUCUGUAGUCCCUAGUCUCCAUACAGCCGUAGUCCCUAGUCUCCAUACAGCCGUAGUCCCUAGUCUCCAUACAGCCGUAGUCCCUAGUCUCCAUACAUCUGUAGUCCCUAGUCUCCAUACAGCCGUAGUCCCUAGUCUCCAUACAGCCGUAGUCCCUAGUCUCCAUACAGCCGUAGUCCCUAGUCUCCAUACAGCCGUAGUCCCUAGUCUCCAUACAGCUGUAGUCCCUAGUCUCCAUACAACUGUAGUCCCUAGUCUCCAUACAACUGUAGUCCCUAGUCUCCAUACAUCUGUAGUCCCUAGUCUCCAUACAGCCGUAGUCCCUAGUCUCCAUACAGCCGUAGUCCCUAGUCUCCAUACAGCCGUAGUCCCUAGUCUCCAUACAACUGUAGUUCUAUCAGGGGUUUAAUAGAUGAGCAACUUUGCUUACAGGCUGAUGUUUGUCAUGAAAGCGUUACUGUAAAGAAAGCAAGGGUUAAUAAAUUAUUUUCCCUCCUUGAUAAAGAGGUUGAAAAAUAAAUAAAAACCCAGGGUACCUCUGAAAUUGGCACCCUAUUCCCUAAUGAAGUGCACUACUUUUAAGGCUCCAGAGUCCUAUGGGUUAUGUAUCCCUGGUCAAAGCCAGUGCAUUACAUAGGGACUAGGCCCCAGCCUUCAGGCUUCAAUUGAAAUACAGCACAGCUCUGUGUCUCCCCAAAUGGUUAUCUAAUUUAUUAACAGGUUACAGUUUUAUUAUGUUUCUUUCUAUGGUUAGUAUCUUGCUUAUUCUGUUCUAAAUAGAGCCACCGACCGUUUCAUUUAAAGGUAUCCAACUCAUUUUCGAACGUUGCCAUGGGCACAGCCAAACAACAGAAGUGAUUCAUUCGACUUCCACUUUAUUUCCCUACUGCUGUGCGCCAGUGGCAAACUUGCCAGAGUUAUUUAUUUGAGUCAAAGAGAAUAAAAGUCAAGUAAACAAGUGUAAUGUUAUAUUAUUGAAUUUGAGUUUGCUAACGUUAGCUAGACCUACCGGUAGACAAGUUCUGUUGUGAUAAUAAUGUUAACUUGAUCUACCGGUAGACUAGUUCUGUUGUGAAAAUAACGUUAGCUUGACCUACCGGUAGGCUAGUUCUGUUGUGAUAAUAAAGCUAGCUUGACCUACCGGUAGGCUAGUUCUGUUGUGAUAAUAACGCUAGCUGGGCCUACCGGUAGGCUAGUUCUGUUGUGAUAAUAACGCUAGCUGGGCCUACUGGUAGGCUAGUUCUGUUGUGGCAGAGUUAAGGCCCGGGUUAAGACCUGGGCUCACGUUGGUGAGCAUCCACGCUAGAGGGAAGUUUGUUUUAUCGUUUUACAGUCCUACACCUGUCAAUCAACUGAUCGACGUAUCCUACUGCAAGCCGCUAUUAAUAAAGUGGUGACAAGACCAUUCAGUGCUUUCAGGGUGUGUUUGUCAUAGUGGGAACCGCAAAUAGUAGACGACUUCAAUGUACAUGUCCGCCUAAUGGGAAAAAACAAUGUAGUAACAAACGCUGUUUAGCCUGCACAUCUUUUACAGCAUGUCAUUACCUCAUUGCUCAAGUGGUUUCCAUUUCCCUGUUCUCAUCUCUGUUUGUCCUGUGCAAGUAUUUGCAAUGCAUCAGUACAGCAAAAUUAUCACGUGGCCAAAACUGAUCCCAUCAAUGCCACGAUCUCUCUUCAACUUUACUCACCAUCAUUUUAUAUGCUCUAGGACUGUUUUUACAUUCAGCAAUUAGCAAGAUCAAGGCUAUUUCUUUCCCCAAAUAGAAUAAAAACAGAUUUAAAUAAAUGUCCUGUCGCUUUUGUAGCCUAUAGCUUUUCCUGGCAUUUCACGAGAAGAGACAUGGCGUAUUGCGGAGAGGCUUGCAUAGCCUAUAGCCUGUUGCGCACAGGUACUUCUGGAAGAGAGAGGCUAGUGAAUUGUAGUUGAAGGAAGAAGCAACAUGUUAGCUAGAUAUUAACCUGCCAAAGCGCAAAGAAAAAUAACUUAACAUGAUGAUGAAACGGUAGAUGUAUAGGUUCGUUCCUCCAGGCUGUGCUCUUGUAACGGAUGUGAAAUGGCUUGCUAGUUAGCGGUGGUGCGCGCUACUCUGUGGUCCCCGACUCGUAAAGCUUCACUAUUGAUCAGUCCUACAUCAUUAGACAAUAACAUUAUUCUACCCUGGGCUACAACAACAGAGCAAUGAGGAAUCUAUUAUUGUUAUCUAGUGAGUACACCAUUUUAUUUUAUUUAUGUUUGUGUCCAUAGGCUGUAGUGAUGUAGGCUCGUUUGAAUAACCGCUCACGCUUCCUGCCGAAAUAACAGCCUAGGUCAUUUUUACGUAACCGUCUGGGUCUAUUCUUCACAGUUGAGAAGGUCCAGAAAGGUCCAUUAACAGACCACUCGAAUGGUGUUAGACCUAUUUUUGUCAGGAUGAAGCCCUGUGUUGAGAUUCUACUAUAGGAAAGUAUGCAGCUUCCACGUUUUCACUACACUCCACCCCCGUUAAUGCUGUUUUACAUGCAGCAAGCAAGGGUGCAAUCUCUCCUCCAGUAGGCUAUCAGUACGCUAAAGGAAAUACGUGAGCAACAAGCUUUUGUUGUCAGGCUUUUACCCGGGACUCCGAAUGAUUUUUAGAGGAAUCGCCGUGGCAGCGGAGAGGACAGGCGCGUCGUUGCGCCACACAACAAUGAAGACCGAUAAGGCUCCAGAUGUAGCCUGGACCCUAAAUUAGAAGCGUAUGCAUAUUAGCCAAUAAUUCAUAAGCUCAGUGUGUAAGGCUUAAUACUGCAGUGAAUUGCCAGUUUCAAGUGAGUGGGGAAAACUAGUUUUGGCUGUGAACUGCACUGAAUAGCCUAUGUCAUUUUGAAUAACAAUUCAAAAGCCUGCCGUUGUUUGUUUUUUUGAAUGCAUAUUGAUUUGGAAAUAACUGCAUCUAGCCUGUCUGAUUAGGAAACCAUUUGGAACAGUUAGGGGUUUGUUCUCGGCAGUUUAGCCUAAAAGGUCCAGGCACAUUAGCAGAACAGUAAAAGGUUGUAUCAGCUAUCAGGAACAUGGUAAUGCAGGGAUUUUUUUAAAUAUUUUUUUAUUAUGAUAUAAAUUAUGAUAAUGUUGAAGAAGUUGUAUCCAUAGUUUCAUCGUUUGGCUUCCGUGUUUAAAAAGCGUUUGAAAAUGAGGUGGAUAUUAUUAUUAUCAUUAUUAUUGUUUAUUUUUUCCUCCCUAUACCAGAGUCUGGUAGUUAGGCCCGUCCCAGUCCAGGUAUACCAUUGAGACACUGUAUAACACAUGAGUCUGGUAGUUAGGCCCGUCCCAGUCCAGGUAUACCAUUGGGACACUGUAUAACACAUGAGUCUGGUAGUUAGGCCCGUCCCAGUCCAGGUAUACCAUUGGGACACUGUAUAACACAUGAGUCUGGUAGUUAGGCCCGACCCAGUCCAGGUAUACCAUUGGGACACUGUAUAACACAUGAGUCUGGUAGUUAGGCCGACCCAGUCCAGGUAUACCAUUGGGACACUGUAUAACACAUAACCUUUAGUCCAGACACAUUGAUGCCCCUCUCUGUUUUACAAACUAAGCCUUUCUCUCAUUUUAGGAUCUUUUUUCAUUUGCGCUGUAGAAGGUGUAUUGAAAGCCUGAUUUAAAAAUAUAUAUUUUUUUUUUAUAGUACUCGUUUUCUUUUGGGGGCGGUUAAGUCACGUCAAGGGGCAGACUAGAGACCUGGCAUCAAAUAGGUUUCAAAUCAUUUCAAAUACUUUAUAGCAGGGUUUUAAUUGAAAAAUAAAUAAAAACCCAGGGUAUGUCUGAAAUUGCACCCUAUUGCCUGGCAAAAUGUAACCAAAUCAAAUUUUAUUAACCAAUAGAAUAGUCUCAAAACAGGCCUAUGACCUGGCCCUCCAGGCAAGCAGGCUAAAGAAAAAGCAUUUGAAAUAUUUUUUGUAUUUGAACCCAGGUCUGCUACUCUCACCAGCGAUACACAGUGAACCCUUGACCUCCAUCUUAGCACAUGUAGCAGAAUGAUAGUAGAGACUCUACUCCUUCACCACUCUCACCCUCUUCUUCUCCUGUGUCCUCCUCCCUCUGUUCCCCCAGCCCACUCACCAUAGGCUGUUAGUCUAGUGUCACCCAGUUCGCUAGGAUGUCUCUCUCUCUCUCUGUGUAGAUUGGUUGAACAAUGGUGCACUGUAGCUUUAAGUCACUUUGAUACAUUUUUUUUAAUGUGGAUUCUUUUUUCUUCUUCUCUGCUCUGGCACAGUUGCAGGUCUUGUCUUAGUUUAAUAUCUUUGACAGGGUUUCAAAAUUCCCAGGUUUUCCACAUCCCAGUUAGAAGAAUCCCAGACUCAGAGGAUGAAAUAGGCUGGUUCCUGCUUAUCAGGACUUCUGGGGAAAGUUACCAGGAACACUUUGCUACUCUACUCUGACUACAAAGCACUAGGAUGCUAUAAUAUCGUAUCUUUACGUAUAACUAAUAUUAUCUACUGCUACACAAGUACAUGAACUGACUUGGAUGUGGCCAGAACUGUAAAAAAAAAAACAAUUUCAACACAUGCAAUCCAAUGUUGAUAAACAGACAGUAGAAUUACAGGUUUUCUAUUGGUUUAGAGUUCUAUCUACUACAUGCAUGCUGAUUCUAUUCUGAUUCUAGAACCAAUUCUAUGUGUUUCUAUUUGGCAUUAUGGAGAAAAUUUUGUCUCCCGCAAAAGUCACACUUCUCGUCACAACUGUUAAAAAUGGUUGUUUUCUUACCCCCAGAGUUCCAAAUUCAUUCUUAUUUAUUCAAAACCUUUUCUUCAAACUAAUUUAUAUGGAAAAAUAUGAUAAUGGAAUUUCCACCUGUGGGGAAUGGUGGCCUCUUUAUCAGUCUACUUGGCAGGGCUUUGUAAUGUGUUAUUGUCCAAACAUACAUUUUUCAGGUUGAUUAACCCUGAAGAAGAAAAAAUGCUUUGGAGGGACAAAGUAGUUUUUAGAUGGAAGGGAGAAAUAAACUAUUUCAAGAUGCCAAAAUAAAUAUAUUUUCAAAGCAGCUUACUAUCUUCCAAAAAAACGGGAAAUUGUUUGUUUGUUUGAACCUUUUUUUUUAAGUGGGCAUUUGUGUUAAAUUAAUAAGUCUACAUCGCAGCGAUACAAACCACGAAACUGGUGCUGUGUCAGAGACAAAGCAUCCAAUCAAAAUGCCACCCUAUUCCCGCUAUAUAAUAGUGCACAACUUUUGACCUGAGCCCUAUGGGUCUUCGGGUUAAAAGUAUGGCACUGUGAAGGGAAUAGGGUGCCAUUUUGAACUCACCCAAAGAUAAUAAAGGAAUAAUAAUGUCAAAGUAAUAGAAGAGGGGAAGAAGAAUCCAUAGGAGUCUAUACAAAGGGAUCUGGGAAGGAGAAGUGUCCUCCUCUGUGGUGGAUGUUAUUUGUCUUUACAUAGAUCUGAAAAAUUACUUGUAGAAGAAAAAAAAUAUAUAUAAAUAUAUAUUACCCCCAAAAGUAUAUUUUUCCCUUUGUUGUUGUUGCAUGGAUGGAUAUUUUUUACGAAUUAUAAUAUGACAUCUUUAUGACAACUUUGAAUGUGAGCUAUAAAACCAUUUAUUUAAGAAAUAAAUGUUUCUGUGUUGUCUGUU